GUUCGUUUCGUUCGCAGGCCUGUUCGUUCGUCGUCCUCGGAAUCUGUCGGAGUUCAAAGCGAGUGCUGCUAGACUGUGCUAGACAAUUCGAAUUGUAAUCGUAUGUACCGUGUGCAUAUUGUUUAUACUCGUUGUGGUGAACAGCAGAAACAUCAGCAUGUUGAGGUGUUACAAUUGACGUGCAACAGCUGAGUGUGUGCGAGAGAGAAAGAGAGAGAGAGAGAGAGAAAGAGUGAGACUCGGCAUUGCUUCGCGCAGUGCAGAAAAGAAAAAGGAAAAGCUUGCGCGAAUAGAGUGGUAUGAGAGUGUGAACAUUUUAUACAUAUCUAACCCUUUCCUCCUACUCGCGCGUACAACUCUUCUUUCCUCCGAGAAAGAAGAUAGAGAGCGACGAUCAUGGCUGAUGAAGUUAAAUGCACCAGGAGUCUCUACGAGCUCAGUAUACCUGCGGUGGCUAACCAGUUCCUCAAUUACAAAAAGUACCUCAAAUACUUGCCCGAGAGUGUACUUUUCGAUCUUUACCAUCAGUUGUACAAAGACAAAAAAUUAUGCCUUCUUGGAGUGGAAUUGAGUGAUCUCAAUACAUUCUCUCGUAUGCUUAAAGUGACAAACCGGCGUAUCCAUUUACUGAAAGCUUUUCAGGCUUUGAUGGACCAUGAAACAAAUGUAGGAAAUGAAUUAGCCACCAGUUAUACAACUUGGUGUACCACACACAAAGAAAAUACAGCUGUACAUGAAAAGAUCAUCAAUCUUGGUCUACGUCUUGGAGGUUUUCUCAGUGAUGCAGGGUGGUAUCCAGAGAGUGAAAAGGUCUUAAUAUCUUGUAGGAACCUCUGCUUGUCCAGCACACAAAAUAGUGAAACUUGGUGUCACACUUUAGACUGCUGUCACAAAUUGCUGCAUGCACAAGCUGCCUAUAACUCUUUUAUUGGAGCAGCUGCGACAUAUAAGCUUGCAUUAGACACAAUAAAGAAACUUGAAAAAAGUGAACGUAAAAAUGCAAAUCAUGCUGCUCUUUAUGCAGAAUUCAGUGUUCUUUUUUUCAUUAGGAAUGAGUAUGACUUAGCAUACAAGUGGAGUGUGGAUGCAUUAAAAGAACUAAAACCAUUUUUGCCAGGAUACAUUAUUGUUAAUGUUUUACGACAAGCUGCCAAAUCAUGUAUAGUUAAAAGAGAUUAUCAGAAAGCUGGAUUGUUAAUGAAACAGGCAGUAUAUUUAGCUAGAGAAGUUUUUGAUAUUGAUCAUCCUAAGUACAGUGAUGUUCUUCUUGAUUAUGGAUUUUAUCUUUUGAAUUCUGAUAGUAUUGUAAACAGUGUAGCAGUUUAUAAGCUUGCCUAUGAAAUAAGAAAAGCUAUAUUUAAUAAGUAUAAUCUUCAUGUAGCUAUAGCUCACGAAGAUCUAGCGUAUGCUUUGUAUGUACAAGAGUACAGCUCUGGGAAGUUCAGUCAAGCUAGCACCCACAUUAACAGAGCUAUUGAUAUAAUGGAAAAGUUACUACCUGAAAAGCAUUUGAUGCUUUCUAGUGCCAAAAGAGUGAAAGCUCUUAUUUUAGAAGAAAUAGCUUUGGAUAGCGCACCAGCUAAUGGUAGCGACCAAAAUUUAUUUUUUAAAUCGGAAACUCUUCAUUUAUCUGCGCUACUGCUGGCGAAGGAUGCUUUUGGUGAAAAUAAUGUACAAACUGCCAAACACUAUGGGAACCUUGGAAGGUUGUACCAAAGCAUGAGACGAUAUCAGGAAGCAGAAGAGAUGCAUCUGAAGGCAAUUGGUAUCAAAGAAGAGUUACUAGGCCCCGACGACUAUGAAGUUGGUUUAAGUAUAGGACACUUAGCUUCACUUUACAAUUUUCACAUGAACCGAUAUCGUGACGCCGAAGAAUUAUAUCAUCGAAGUAUCGCUAUAAGCCUCAAAUUAUUCGGAAAAAGUUACAGUGGUUUAGAGUACGAUUAUAGAGGUUUGUUACAUGUUUACACAAAGCUUGAGGAUCACGAGAAAUAUUUAGACUACAUGGACGCACUGAAUAAUUGGAAAGAACUGAGGGACAAAAAUGCCGAAUCGGAAGAGCCUCCAAUUGAAAAGAAAUGUCCAGAGCCUUUAGAAAAUGUAAUAACUGCGUUCUUUUCUAUGUGAUAUAAUUGAAAACGAACAUCACUGAAAAUGCAUAAGUCGACUCGUUUACAUUGGUACAUAUACUCACGAGCAAACCGUCGAUAUAAAGCGUACCCUCGAAUUGGAAAGUACAAGUCGAUCGUGAUUGAGUGACCUCGUAUUUGUUUGUAACACUUUUAUCUUUUACUUAGCCACUUUGUUAAAAAUUAUAUUUUUUGUUAGACAGUUAUACUGUUAUUCAUAACUUACGAAUUUUUUAAAUGUUCUGUCUUCUUUUGACUUGUAUACUCAGCAAGAUAAAAUCAUUGUAUGCCAAUAACAAACACCCGAUUGAAAUUUACAAGACCAGAAAUGAGUGAUAGUUUAUAAGGGUGACAAUUUUCAAUUUUAUAUUACUAAUUAAGAAAAAUCAGUAAUAUUUUUUGUUUUACAAUGAAAUUGGACUUUCUAUUUGAAUAAAUAUUUA